UCACCUACCUUUCUCGAUCAAACCACAUUCCUUUGGCUACGACGGUGUUUGGGUUGCUUCUGGUUUCUCCAUGUCUAUUUCUUCCUCUACCCACUUCCGCUCUUCCAUUUGUCCAUCUCCGAUCUCAGCUACUUUGGAAAGGAGAUUAGGAGCAGAACAUUCAUGUAAACAAAUCAAUAACAAAAGAAGUUCUUCAAACUUCUUUGUAUUCAAAGCCACGAAGGUUGCUUAUGAUGUCCCAAUCCGUUUAGCUCUUUCUCUGAAGAAUAUUACCUCCUUCCUCACGAAAUCCCCCCCUUGCCUUGUCAUCGAAGAUGUUUUCAGUUUAAUUAAUUUACAACAUUACUUCUUUGUAGUUCAACCGUGAUCAGCUUUAUGCUCAACUAAGGUUCAGAGAUUAGGAUUUCGAGCACCUAAACUAACCAUCUCCGAGAAGCUGCCUCUUAGGAUUAGGAGUUCAGGUUUGUUCUAUUCCUCAAUCUCACUGCAAACUAUGAACAAAUUCAAAAUUUGGAUUGAAUUGAAUUGAAUUUAUAAAGCUAG